ACCACCCCUUCUGUUGAGCCAGCACUCCAGUGGUCAAACAGACUCCAGAGCGUUUCAUGUUUGUAGAAGUGGGCAAACGUAAGCAAUGUCUGCAAAGAGAGGGGGAAUGCACACCAAUCUUAUCGACGGACCUGACGAGGACUGCAGCAGUCCAGAGGUGCGAUAUUCAGUAUUUCAGAACCCAGAUAAAAGAAGAGGGUUUUGCCAAGAUCCCUUCAAGGUGGCAACAGUAUGCCUGACUGCCUUCUGCCUCAUCUUACUCCUGAUCUUGGUGGUCACAAGUGUUAAUAGCGGUAAGGCACGUUCAUCUGAUCAUCAGGAUUCCCUGUCCACCACUGCAUUCAGUGAAUCACACAUGCAGAAGGGCUGCGCUAAUGUCACGGCUCUGACUGAAGAGCUGCAGUCUGUGAAGAGAGAAAAAAGUGAACUGGAGAAAGAACGGACACAGCUGAAGAACAAAAUCACUGCGCUUGAGGCAACCCCUCCACCACAAACCACUCUUUUGCCAACGAAGAGUCCCUGUCCUGAAGAGUGGAAGCACUUUAACGGCAGCUGUUAUUACGUCUCAGAAUUCCGAAGGAGUUGGUCGGACAGUCAGUCGUACUGCAAGCGACAAGGAGGACAUCUGGCCAUCAUCCUCACAGCUGAAGAACAGACCUUCAUAUGGAACCUGCUGCCCCGUGGAUACUGGAACGCUUACUGGUUUGGCAUUAGUGAUCAAAAAGUAGAAGACGACUGGUACUGGGUGGACGGAACUAAACUGGUUGGAGGUUUCUGGGAAGAUGGUGAGCCCAACAACCAUAUUAAUGAAGACUGUGGCUACAUGAUAAAAACAGAUGUUUUAAGCCGUGUGGCUAUAAAGAGCUGGUAUGACGCACCCUGUUAUAUGUCCUUGCCCUGGAUCUGUGAGAAGCUGGUGUCCUCCUGAUCUUCGCUCCUACCAUCUUCAUCAUCUGUAGCAGACAUAGUAAUACAAGCUGUAAUGUAAUUUCCGUUGCAUUUACAAUGUCUGGUCUCAGGGUUUCAAUGUUAAAACGUUAAAAUGAUUUGCUGCAUGAUUUGCUGAGUCAAAAAAGCAAUUAACUGUUUAUUUUAAUGUGAUACCGUAUGUGCAUUAAUCUACAAUUAGCUAUGAUUUUUAACACUGGACAAUUUAGUGAAUUUAUUAACUGCUUGAAUUUUAUAGAGAAAUCAAUCACAAAAUCUUUUUAUGUAAAACAUGUUGUCUUUCCAUAAACAACUAAGCAUUU